AAGAACCAGAACUAAAUGAAUUGGUUUUGUCCGAAGACAAGGAGGCAGCGUCCGUGGAAUCGUACAAUAAACUCUUUUCAUGGUUAAUCCAAAUGUCGGAGACAGAUGACGAAACUGCGGACAAAUCACCAAAAUAUAAACCGGGGGACAAUAGGAAAAAUCAGAGCUGGCGGCAACUUUUAAAUCAGAAUUCUGGGUCUUUCGACUCUCAUUGCAGUUCGGAACAUCCCUACUGGGGUGGAAUGUUCAUAUCGUCUGCUUCUGAGGAAAUACCUGAAGAAGAUGACAGCGACAUGCCUUCAAAGCAAAGUAGUUUCGAUAUCGACUCGUAUCCGGACCGCCCGCCCAGGGACUACCAGGAAACCACGUUACGAGUUCCGGUCCGCCGGGGAACUCUGGUCAAACAAAAAUCAGUUUGUGACUCGCAAUACAGCGAAAGUGACUAUGCCGAAACUCGAUUUGAUGUUCCUCAGAUUCAAAUUGAAGAAAGCGACAACGUUAAUGUUGCUCCCAAAACGAGGGAACUAAAUUUACUUCGAGCAAGGCUUCAAGAUAUUCAGAACAAGAAAUCUAGACAGAGGAAUGAUUUGAUCAAACAGAAAUCUGAAUCUUGUGUGGAUCGAAUCUACCGCCAUGACCAAACAUUUCUAAAAAGACGCAGAAAAGCAGCAGCUUCCUGUGACAAUAUUAACAAACGAGUUCUGAAAGUGCCAAGUAUUCAAACGCAAGCCAGCGAAGAUGACGUCACGUACUCUUUCAUUGAAGCAGACGACCAGAAAAACGUGGAGACAAUUCCUCUCCAAGAAAUGGUUGAGGAAGAAGAUACAGUUGAUGCCGAUCUGACUAGUGUUAAAAACAGGAAAAAUGGCUUCAGGGAAAGGGUAUCAGAAUUCUGGAGUAAAAGUGUCGGUAGUAUGAUUGGUAAAGGCACUCGUACUAGGCCGAAAUUAACUCGCAAGAGUAAUAGUCUUUUUACUGUGCAACCAAGUAUAGAUACCCAAAUUAUGAAAGAUGACGUUAAGAAAAACUUUUAUUCGGAGAAAAUUUUAGAUGAUAAAUUGUUGGAUGCAAAUAUUGCCGACAUUUUGUUUGCAGUUGAUGCAAUUUGGCCCAAGGCGUAAUCGUUUUGAUUCACCAAACAAAAAAAAAGUUGCCACGGUUGCUGUAAUAGAUAGCAUACAGAAUUCGACUAAGUAUUUUUUAAUACUGUCUUUUUAAGGUUAUUUGUUGUUUGAACUACAAGUAAAUGUAUGAAUAUAAUUCCACAUGAACGACGGAACAUACAAUUCAGUUCAAAAUUUAUUUAUUUAUUACUGUAAAUUGUUCUUGAUAAUACA